CGUUGGAGUGUUGGUCAAUUGUCUCUCUACUCUGUAGGUAAAAAUCUCGGUUGAAACGAGGGGGAGUAAGACGACGAGUGGGCUUGGCGCGCCAUGAGCGGGAGCAACGUAAGCAAGGUCUUCUACGCCGAGAAUUACCAUCCAAUUCAAGCCGGCAGCAUCGACGGCACCGAUAUUCUUCCCCACGACAAUGCCGUCUACCGAGCAUUGCUAUGUUCCUCUGCUGGCCUCUAUGAUCCCCUUCGCGAUCCCAAGGUCUUCGGUGACCCUUAUUGCACCCUCUUCGUUGGUCGCCUUUCUCAUCUGACUACCGAAGAUAAUCUUCGUAGGGCUAUGAGCAAGUAUGGUCGGAUUAAGAACCUACGCUUAGUCAGACACAUUGUAACUGGUUCUUCACGUGGUUAUGCUUUUGUUGAAUAUGAAACUGAAAAAGAGAUGCGACAUGCAUAUAAGGAUGCUCAUCAUUCAAUGAUAGAUGAUUGCGAAAUUAUAGUUGACUACAAUCGACAACAGCUAAUGCCCGGAUGGAUUCCACGGAGAUUAGGAGGGGGACUUGGGGGUAAGAAGGAAUCUGGACAACUUCGAUUUGGAGGAAGAGAAAGACCUUUUCGAGCUCCCUUACGUCCGAUACCUCAUGAUGAUUUGAAAAGGCUUGGCAUUACUCCUCCACCUGAAGGAAGAUACAUGUCCAGGUUUCAGGUACCUUCUCCUCCGAGAAGAGAAACAGAUUCGGUACGUAGGGAAGAAGGCUCCAGUGUGAAAGAUUCCGUGGAGAAGGAUGGACAUAGUCGAAGUAGUUCUACAGAUGGAGAUGAUUGGUCUCAUACGAGGAGCCCUGAUGGCUACAGAGGAGGGCACUCUCAUAAGGGGAACUACGAGAAGAUGAAACAUGAAUCUAGAAGGGGUUCAAACGACAAGGAAGAUUAUUAUCAGAGGAGCUCUUCUGAGAAGGAAGAUCGUUAUCAGAGGCGCUCAUCGGACAAGGAACGAUCUCGCAGAAGGGAUUCUAAUGAUAGAGAUGAUCACUCACGUAAACGUCACAAAUCUCGCAGAUAGACUCUCCAUUAUCCCUAAAUUUUCCCAGUUUCUAUUUAAGCUAUUCAACUAAUGUUCAUCUGAGGCAUGCAGGCAUUUGAGGAUGAACUUGAUUGCUUAAUACACGAGUUCAGGUGACGUAUUUGUACCCAGUAAUCUGCUGCUGACAAAUGCCGUCCAUCCAUUAACCGAAGGGAACGUUAUGAAAUGAGGUGAGGAUAUGGUAUUUGGUUAAUUUAGAAAUAUGCAAGUAUAUAGGUCCUGUGAGUGUUAUGCUAAGAGGAAUUUCAAGAACAAGUUUGGCAUUUCAGUGAUACUCCUUAGUGUUGUUUAGAAAUGAUCAAUGAUACUCUUAUCUGUUGCAUAAUGCGUUAUGCCCAAGAUUUGAAAUCUAGAUACAACGAUUCUUGCUUAAGAUUCAGAAUUUAGAUUUAACACUUGAUGGGCCCCGAUACUCUUCUGCAUCGCGUACGACAAAUAGUUACAUGGAGUUCCUGUAUUGAAUCAUCGAAAAGGAAGGUACAUCUUGUUAGUAUAAAUACUGAUUUUCAAUUU